ACCGCGGGGAUUGCCUUACAGCAGUAGAUGCGCGCCCCAUCUUCUUCUAGAAAAAUACAACAACUCAGCAGAGCUCAUACGUAGUUUUCUUGUUUUAGUUUGGUGUGCGUUUAAUUUCUCUCUUGGCCGCGCGCGUAUGUGGUGAUAGAGACUUGCUGGCCAGGCCAUUGCUGCUGCAUGCACGAGUCCGAUAUACGAAGAAGAAGACGACGACGUGUAUCUACGCUGUGAAGAACUGCUCUUCUUCUUUCAGUGUGUUUCGGUGAGACUGGGCCAGCAGUGAAAAUAAUUGUGUGGUGACUUCACUCCGUUCGAAAUAGGUGCACAUCGAGUCGAAAGUUUUUCUGUUCCACGUAGCUGAACCCCCGCGGAAGUGCUCUGCAGCCGGUCCCGGAGCGAUGGCCAAACUGAAGGACAGCGAGGUGAUCCUCAGGUACCUGUACCUGGGCACCGAUCAGCCGUUCUACAUUCGCAAACCCCAACCGCUGAACAUUGAGGAAGGCUGCAAGAUUCUCGGUCCCAUCAAGACCCUGGCCGAGGCGACUUCGACGACGACGACGCCGAACGCUGUCAACGGAGCGGGAGCGGACGAAGAUCCGCUGGUCCGGAAGUUGGCCGAAGCGGUAACGCUGACCGAGCCUCCGCUCGAGAUGGUUGAGAGGGUCAUGAAAAGUGGCUCCCUGGUUCGUCCCGACGAGUGCCUCUUUGCGCUGGCUUUCCUAGCGCGGACGUUCAAAACGCCCGAGGAAAAGCACAAGGUGUACGAGACCAUCCCGAAGCUGAUCGAGCGCUCCGAGGAUCUGUUCCAGUUUGUGCACUUCUACCAGAAGCUGGCGACCACCGGCAAGGGAUUUGGUCACGGCAUGAAGACGGCGCUGACCAGAUGGUACGACAAACAUUCCGCCGUGGAGUUAGCCAAGCUGUUCGCGUCGGACCGCAGCUGUCACAAGUGGAGCCAUAAGGAUCUGGUGGUGAUGCUGCACAUGAACCUGAAGGACAGAGAAAAGAUGGAGGUAAUCAACGCUGCAUUGGGUGGUAAAAAGAAACGGUCCAACGGGGAAAAAUCGGACGUGGCCAGUAAAAAGAAGAAGUCGGAUGCGGUGGAAAAUGGCGUGGAAGCUUCCGAGGAGUUGAAAAAGGAAGAUGAGAAAGCUGGUGAGCCUGAGGAGCUGGUCAGCGAAGCUGUGCAGGUUUUAAGCGACAUUAAAACCUUCAAGGCGGUUCAGACAGCUACGCAAGCCUGUCAGAUGAUCAAGCAGCAUCAGUACACGAUCCAGCUGGUGCCGGCUCCGUUGCAGCGUGUGUCCGCAGUCUGGGAGAGUCUGUUCUCGCGCAUGGCCUACCGAGACAUUGUCCAGGCGGCGCUGGUUCUGCAGGACUAUAAGCUGCUGAAGGACGUCGACACGCCGUUUUCGACCGCGUACGGAAACGUGCUGAACCGCGUGACUUCGGUGUCGGAAUCGAAGCUCCAUCCCAUCUUCAUCUACCAGACGAUGCGACUGUACGAGGAACGGCAACGCUACCUGAACGUGGUCAAGGAAGCCGUGCACACCGCUAACAAUUUGGCGCUGAAGAACGUGACGGCCAAUCCGACGGUGAUGAAGCAGUUUUACAACGCGUUGAACAGCUCGAUGCUGAACUAUCAGCGCACUGGGUUGCGAUUCUUCGUCACGCUGGAUUUGAGAUCGAAACAGUCGAAAAAACCCGUCUUUGGGAACCGUCUGAUGUCGUGCCAGGCGGCGUUCGUUCUGCUGACUCUGCCGAUGUUGAAGCGCGAAACGCACGUCAACGUUAUGUCGUUCACGGAGCAGCCGACCAAGCUGAACAACGUCAACCUGACCCGCGAAAUGGCCUACUUCCAGGGCUGCGAUCACAUUCAGGCGAUCGCCAACCGGAAGACCAAGGUGGACAUUUGCGAGCCGAUUCGUCACGCGCAGCGCUCCAAGGCAAAGGUGGACGUGUUUCUGACGAUCGUGGACUCGCUGAUCCGCGUCAACCCGAAGCGGGACUUGCCGGUGCAGGUGCUGAACACGUACAACGCCGAGACGCGCAACAAAGCGGUGUACAUUAUUGUCAGCCUGAGUCGUCACCAGCAGGACCUGCGCCACGCGGACAUGGCCGCAACCAGACGGGUGCUGGAAAUCGUCGGUUGUACCGAGGAGACGCCGAAGGUGAUCGAUGCGUACGUACGGGGACACUUUACGUAAGCGAUCGCGGAAUUGUUGGCAGAAGGUAUCUUAAUCGUAUUUUACUAUGGAUUUAUUCAGCGGUAGUUCUAGAUGCUUUGGGCAAGGAUUUUCUCGUAAACUAUAUAGCUUGUGUGAACCCAUUAUAGUGCAGCUUAGUCUGAUCCCUCUUCGUUUGCAACGCAAUGUGGAUUUUAUUUUAGAAUAUUCGUACACUUUAAGCAAGCAGUGUAUGUGGGUUUUAGAAAAUUGAUAUUGGGUUUGAAAAUAAAACUCAAAUUGAAUAAAUCAAAUUAAUGUUGAUACGAAAAAAACGAAACUAUUGGCACUACGCCCCCCGGGGCAUGGCCUUCCUCUAACGUGGGAUUUCUGCUCCAGCGCCUCUGACGAGACAGGAGAAACCGGGACCGACGUUUUACUUCACCAUCCGAUAGAAGCUCAGUGGAUAAGGCGGGAAUCGAACCCGCGUCUCAUAGCAUCAUUGGGAUCGGCAGCCGAAGCCGCUACCCCUGCGCCACGAGACCCACACAUACUUGUUGAUACAUCAACCCCAAAUUUGAGGAUAAAGUUAUGAAAAUAUUUGACUGAGCAGUGUCCAUCAGUUAAAAUUCACCGCAAAAAAAAUCUUCGAUUAAAUUUGCGAAAAAAAAUCAAACGCUAUUGAGAGAGAUUCAUCCAUGAUUGAUUUAAGAGGGCCACUCCGAAAACGAAAAAGCAAAACCCAACAUUUCAAAAUGUGCAACAUUUCAUUGAAGUCGUGAUUCAAAAUCACUGCGAAAGCAAUAGUGUGAUAUUAACCGUGCAACAACACAAACUAAUCGAACGCAAAACGAAACGACAGCGUAUUCGCGCAAUACAAAAACGAUCCAAUCUUUUGAAAAUAUGAAGCAGAACAAAGUUGUUCAUUCUUAUGUUAUUGUUAUAUCUGAAAUAAUACGAUGCUUUUAUUUUGCAAUCGACCAAAUUGGCUCCUUCAGUUGGUAGCGGCAAUUUGGAUUUUUUUUUAGAGAUUUUCAUCAUUUUCAUUAACAAACAAAUAGGCUUCGCAUGUUUAGAGUUAGGUUUGUACUGGUUUUUAAAAUAAACACAGAAUAACAUGCGCGACGACCCACAUGCAUAAGCCAGUAAGUUUAAAUGUAAGCUAUAAUCCCUUAAUAAGAUAGCUGGUAGUGUGUGUUUUGCGUAAAAUUUUCAGAAAUAUCAACACAUAAAAUUAUACAACUCGACAUUUUUGAAGUUGAUGUCAGUUUCGUCAAGGUAUGAUAGAUUUGGGCUCCCUGAACACGCUUCAAUCGACAGAACUUUUUUUUUUGUAUUCUGACCAAUAAAUAAAUUUGUAAAUCCGCAAUUUCGUUUAUCUGUGAGGUGCUUAAGAUGAAUCCAUACAAUUUAUACCCGAAAUUAACAAUUUUAUUCAUUGGCAGGGAAUGCACUAAAAUUCAAUUGAGGUGUUUUCUGGGAGCUCAAAUUCAUCAUACCUUGAAGAGACUGAAGCGUUUACUGACAUCGACUUCAAAUAUGUAGAGUUGUGUUAUAAGGGCAGAUCGGCGAAUAAUCUCAUCUUGGUAGUGGAAGUUAAAGUGUAAUUUACAUAUUUACACGAUAUUGCACAUUACAUAAAAUAUUCAACGGUAUCAAUAAUCUAACGUUAAUCCAAGCAAGGAGAGUAACUAGUGUAAAUGACUUGAAGUAAAGCUCGUUUCUCUUGCUAAGAUUUAAGUUGCCCAUGAAUGUCUAUCACGUUGAAAUCUACACCAACAAAUCAACUUCAGAAAAAAACUAUCAAAAGCUCUUUUUCUUCAGUUUGAAAAUGAUUUUGAAGCCACAGUUUAACUCUCAAAUAAUUGUCAAUCCCGUUACAAUCAGUAAUCAAUAAUCAUGUUGCAUAUAGAUGAUUUUCAAUGAACAACUAAAAUUCAAUCUUUUAUCUUAUUUGAUAGUUAAGCUACAGCACGAUUCAUAUGUAUUAAGUAUGUGUACGUGUUCUUGUAAUGCUAAGAUAAUAUCUUACUGUUAAUCACAAAAAUCACAAGAUGAGUAAAGCAUAGAGUAGCCACCCUAAAAGCUGCAAACGGUACCCUUCAUAAUACCUAGCAAAUAACCUAAAAUUCACACAAACUUUUUGCUCUUAAUGUGCAAACAAAAACUUCCUCUUUUCAUGAUUUGAGUCAUCUACACUUCUAGCGCUGUGAUUAAAAACAAAAAAAAACUCAUAAAUUUAACAAACCCACAAUAGAGUCGGAAAUCUAUGUCGAAUCCUAAAGCAUUAUUAAUUUUGUAAGUUAUUGCGAACAACAUUACUUUUAUUUUGGUAUUUGGUGUUGUGAAAAUCAAUAAAAAUGAAACAAAAAGAUUUCAUUUCAAAUCUAAAAAGUAUCAAAAAUAAUUAGCACUGAAAUAAACAAGGGAAAAUGAAAACAUGACACGAAAUUUACGAACCAAAAUUCAUUCAAAUUCGAAUAGACUGGAUUACUAAGUGCUUCUUACCUGGGAAUAUGAUAAAAAUUGGUCGUUAAACUACAUGAGAAAAAAAACGGAAUAUUGUUUUCUAAAUGACUGACGUAAACUGUAUAGAGUAAUAAAAAUUGAGAACAUGAUCGAAAAUAGGUAAAUUUAAACGCAAAAUUGUCAUUAAAUUCAUGCAUAAAUUUUAACCCUUUAUUCAAAUAGAAAGUUUUAUUCUUCCUUUAAAAAAGGCAUCAUUUAUUCUUCAUAAAACAGCAUAAUGUAUUUUAACAGAGUUUGGUGAGAGAAUUUGUUUUGUGUCACUUUUUGCAUUAUUUUGAAAAUUUUAAAAAGUCGUCUAAUAUGAAACCAAGGCAAAAUAUGGUGCAUUCACAGAAAAAGGAACCUGUUUUUAAAGUAAUAAAACAACAAACUAAAACCGAGCGACUGGGCCUAUUCGGAUUCCGCGGACAAUCAAUGACCGAGAUUAUAACGAUCUUUUUAUUUCCUAAGGAAAAAUCUUACUAAAGAAAGAAACUGUUGAUAGAAAUAUUUAUGAUAAAAUAUUUAACACAGAAAAAAUAACAAAAACAAAGCAAAACGCUUAACAAUAUAGAGGCAAUCUUAGUUACUUACUCGCAAGCAAAUAUAAGAAAGGAAACAUAAAAGUUAAACAGUAAUAAAAUGAACAAAAAACAGAGCAGUGCUGCCGCACUUUCGAUGCUGGUCGUCACUGUAUUUGCUCAGCAAAACACAACCAUAAUUAAGAACGUCUAGGUUUAUUGUUUUAUAGUUCAGCUAAACCAGAAGAUGUUCAUACGUGAUAAAAUAUACAAAUUCAAAUUUAAAAGCCUUUAAACAAAUUACUACAGCGGCGAUCAGCAUUGAAAGCAGCGUAGAGCGCCUCAAUUAGUGUUAAAUUUUUCUCAAUUUUAAACGGGUAUUACAUGUACACACAAAACGCAAAGAAAUAUUCUACAAAAGUAUGACAUUGAUUUUUCGCGCCUCCGAAUUAGCCCCACUCGUCGCAUGCAAACGUUAAAAAAACAAUUACUAGCCAAUCGUGAUCUUAAUUUCUAAUUCAUACAUCAAAUCAAAACAUAGAGUAUAACUUAUGAAAUCUCGAAGCAUAAAAGAUUUAGCAAACAAUAAACCAGGAACAGAUUUAUAUUUACACGUUUGAAAAAAAUCACCAAAAAACAAAAAUCAUCGAUUGAAACACUAGCAAACAUUUUUAUGUUCCAGAAGAAAAGUUAUUUGCCGUACUGAAAAUAAAAACACAAGUAACGAGUGGUAACACAUGCGGUAUCGCAUAUCGAAAACGCUUUUAGACUAAUAAUUCUAAAUCAAUAGUACGGAAAGUCCUCGAGAGUCGAGCAGCUGUUCGAAAAUCUUAUCAAAUUGACAAUGAACCGUUUUUUGUUUUGUCAGAACGCCAAAUUUGUGAACGGAAUACACAGAAAGCAACUAUUUUUGCUAGAAUCAAGACUUAUAGAACAAAUAAAAACUAAACUCUGCUAAUUCGACACACUCAAUAAACUAAAUUGAGGGCGAAAAUUGUGAAAAACGCAAAUAAAAAAAAAACCGAUGCUCUUUAUUUUAGCCCGAAGCGAUUGUGAUCUGGAAUUCCAACGUAUAUUUACACGAAAAUUGAACAGUUUCGCUUAACACAGUAAUGAAGUAAAAACGCUCACACAAACCAUACGACGAUAGUGAAAAUUCAGUUGUUGACUUUUUGUGAAAAGCACACAACACAAAUGAGAUUUGUUUUAUAGAUUUGUACACCUUUAUUUUGCAUCCUAUUAAAUUAGUGGAAAAAGUUAUCCUUAACACAUAUUUAAUUAGUUUUUCAGUUAUGUUAAAACAUCAAAUCAAAUUAUUUUGUUAGCGCAUGUUCUUAUGAAAUUAAACCGUUACAAAAACUAAAGGCAAUACAACAAAAUAAACUGCUCAUUUUAAAGUAUUUUGUUAAAUGGUUAUCAGUGGAUAUCAGUUACUUUAUAUUAUGAGUUAUAGAACCAAUCACCAGUGAACCCGAUCGAACGAUUCCAUUUGCCGAAAAUUCACUCUAAAUUGAUCGUACACAAAGAAAAGAAAAAUCAAUUCAAAGAACCAAUAAAUUCGAAACUCAACUGUUUUUUCUAUUUGGUUACAA